AAGUGUCAGCCCUGACCCACAAACAUGCACACAAACAGUCCCACAAAGAGCACUGCUUUAGCUGUCAAUUUGAGUCAGAAUCAGGAAAAGUACAGAGCAGUCAGUUAGAAUGCUUCCUCCUGUUGCUAAACUUUGUGCACUCAACUCUUGGUGAAAACAACUCUGACCUAUCUUUUUUUUUCUUCUUUUUUUUAAAAAAUUUACUUUUGCGUUUUCAAAUGAGUAAAACUCUCACUCGUGUAAGGUUGGCUGCUUAACGUCCUCACAAUUUGUGCUCCUGACAUGGACUUUGUGUGGAUUGUCCCUGUCUUACUUAUUCUCUUGUCCAGUGGACAGAGUCACAUCGAGCUGACAAAACGAGCCAGUAAUACACGGAAUUGCCCUGUUGGAUAUGUUAGGUUACGCAAAUGUACUAAUUCAACUGCAAAAGACCACUGUAAACAAUGUGGCCCGGAGAGCUACAUGGAUAGAGAAAACCAAGCGUAUGAUUGUAUUAGGUGUAAAACCUGUCUUUCUAAUCAGAAAGUUAUACAAGAGUGUGCUUAUAAUCAUGACAGACAAUGUGCAUGUAAAGAUGGAUAUUAUUUUGACCAAAUUUGCCACUUAUGCUCCAGUGCCAAAGAUUGCAAUAAAAAAGAAAACUUGAAGGAGUGCUGCCAAAGCCUGAACGGACCAGAAGGCAAGAAGAAAUUCAACGCUACAACGCUGCCUUUUACUAAUCCACCGAAAACUACAACUACAUCUGAAGUGACUAAAAAUAACAGCCACAGAUUGACAGCAACUUCUGCAACUCCAACUACACCUGGAUUUACGAGUGCCAAGACUUUAAGCAAGCCAUCAAAUCCCAUUUUUGGCCCAGUCCCAGAGAAAUCAUGGGAUAUAAAGGUCUGGAUUAUUCUCAUUGUCCCUGUGGUUGCAACAUCUCUGGUGCUCUGUUGGCUCUUGUUGCUCAUCAGAAGGAACAGUUGUCCCUACUUGAGCACCAGCAAAAAAUUGGAAACGCCUGCUCAGGAUCCAAAGUCUAAUGCAGGAAGCUCACAGAUUAUAUCUGCUUCCCUCGAAACAGAACAUUGCAGUCAUCAAGACAACAACCUGGCCAUGAGGGCAUUUUAUAUUUCCGAGGAAACCCCCAUGAUGUCUUUUUGUCAGAAGUCACCUGCUCACAAUAGUAACCACCUGCCAGACAAUAAUCGUAUGGAUCGCUGGCCGGCCAUUGUGCUCUAUGCUAUUAUCAAGGAGGUACCCCUGCGUCGGUGGAAGGAGUUCCUGCGACUACUCUCGGUAACUGACCAGCAAAUGGAGCGAGUGGAGCUGGAGGCUGGGUUGGGUUCCAUAGAGAAGCAGUACCAGAUGCUGAGGCUGUGGAGCCAGCGUUCCUCUGCGAAUCUAAAAGAUGUUUACUCGUGCUUACACUACAUGGAUUUAUCAGGCUGCGUGCAACUGCUUCAGGAAAGCCUGGAGAAACUGCAGUGGAAGCCUGAGGCAGAGCAAGGAUCCACACCUUGAGGAAGUUACACAAAACAAGGUCUCAAUAGGACAAUGCUGGACUCUAGAAGCUACAGAUGGAGAUGCAUGUGCAGUUCAUCCAUGGUGUGGUUGGGGAGAUAGAUUCUGCAAGUGCAGAUGCCAGCCUACAGGACAGAGUUCUAGAAAAGCCAUUACUAGCUCUAAUUACUAUGUGGUGCAUCCGUAGACAACCUUAAUAAUGUCAUAAGUUACUAUUACUAGUUCAUGAAAUUAUAUGGCGUAACAGAGUGCAGUGGAGGUUCUGAUAGAUCCCCCGAGUCCCCACCCCUCAGUACAAUUUGAGUAUCCCUUUGAAUGUUUAACAUCGUCAAACACACUCCAGAAAAUGUACAACUUUUCUUGAUAAAUAAAACAAUGAAGUUAAAUAAAGAAUAUAUCAAUAAAGGGUGGAAUUUUAUUUUACAUGCAGACUAAAAUAUACACUGUCAGUAGAAAUUUAAAAUAAAUCUAAUGCAGUGCACUCAGAUACACUACCAAAGUUUGGAGUGGCUCAAGUGGCUACUUUAAAUACAUAGCUAUAACAGCAGUAUUUAUAAGAAGAAAAUAUUUAUGUGUAAUUGAACUCAGGUUGAAAAUGUAAUCAAAAUGAAAACAAGUGGAAACCACCUUUUUUUCCUCACAGCAUUCUGUCAUGACACCCUUUAAACACAGCUUCUCCUUUAAGUCCAGCACCAAAGAGCUGUUGAUAGCUGAUAUGUAAUAUGAGCAAGCCCAUGAUUGUGCAUGUGUAGGGGGUAAGCAAUGAAGUCUCACUUUUUUAUUAUUGUACUGGUGCCUAGUUUAAAUUUUUCCAUUUUACUAGGUAAACAAAUAAUCUUUCAGUUUAUUUAAACUGAGUGAACAUUGAGAAGACAUCUGUGAUGUCUGAGUACCAUGGCUGCAUAUCAGUUCACCACAUCUGACAUUUACUUCAUCCCGUUUGACAUGAAAGUCUUGUAGAACAGCUCAGCCACUGUUUCUUGUUGUGCACCCUCGCAAAAGAAGAAAACUGAAAUCCCCAAAGAACGUCAGAUUUUCAGUUUCCUGCAACUUAAUGGUGUUACAAUCUAGUCUGGGUUUUUCCUCACCACAUAUAUUCCAUUCAAACUGGUGGUUUUCUCCUCUGGUGUUUGGGUAUCUCAUUUUGAGAGUUUUUUGUGUGUCAGUAAAGUUUACUGACAGGAAAGCAUUUGGACUUUCCAGUUUCAGGAGUGUUUUUUUCUUUUGUUUUUUAAUGAAUGAUUUAUUGCAAAUGUAUGUCAUAUAUUAUUGAGACAUGUUCAAUAUGUGUACAUAUUUUCCACUUGUGACAUUUUUCAUUUCCUGAGCUGUUUGCUUCAUUAUUCUUAUCCUCACUGCUGCCAUCUAUGAUACACAUGUAUCAUCAAAGUUCAAUUGUUAUGGUAAAAAAUGUCAUGAAUAAAAUUG